UAAAUGACGCGCCUCAGAUAAAACCAAACUCCCCAGAUCGCCCCAAGUGACGACGCCAUUUUCGUUAGUUGUACGCAAUAAAUCACUCAGUGUAUUUUUCCCCAAAUUUCAAGAAAAUUCAAACUCAAAAAAGAUGGCGAGUCGUAAAAAAGUCUUGUUGAAAGUCAUCAUUUUGGGCGACUCAAGUGUCGGAAAAACCUCUCUCAUGAAUCAGUAUGUUAAUCGAAAGUUUUCCAAUCAAUACAAAGCAACGAUCGGUGCUGAUUUCCUUACGAAAGAAGUAACAGUCGAUGACAGGUCCGUAACGAUGCAAAUCUGGGACACCGCCGGACAGGAGCGGUUCCAAUCGCUCGGGGUGGCCUUUUACAGGGGCGCAGACUGUUGCGUCUUGGUGUUUGACGUUACGGCGCCUAACACGUUUAAAUCAUUGGACAGUUGGCGCGACGAGUUUUUGAUCCAGGCGUCGCCCCGCGAGCCCGAAAACUUCCCCUUUGUGCUUUUGGGCAAUAAAGUGGACUUGGAGCCGCGGGCUAUAUCAUCAAAGAGGGCGCAGCAAUGGUGCCAGAUGAAGAACAACAUCCCCUAUUUCGAAACGUCCGCGAAAGAAGGGCUCAACGUGGAGCAGGCGUUUUUGGCAAUUGCGAAAAACGCUCUAGCUCAACAAAACUCGACCGUUGAUCUUUAUAAUGAAUUUCCCGAUCAAAUCAAACUUACUAAUACAAAUAAGCCGAAUAGUAACGGAGAUUCUUGCGCAUGUUAGGUUGGGUUUUCUGCUCAAUGUGAUAUAACUUUUUUUUCUCCUAUUAUUACUUUGGUUUUCGCAAACUCACCGAAAUUGUUGGUUUACAUGAAUUGUGUAAAUACAAUUGUUGAACGAAAGGAAUUUUUAUUAUAUACUUUUUGCUUUUGUAGAGAAUUUCGUAUCGGCAGUAAAGGUUUUCCUCAAGUUAAGUUUUGUUAUUAUUAAAUAUCGAGUGUUCUGUGUUGUAGGCUAAUUAUUUAUAGUAAAUAGAAAAUUUAUAUAUUUUUUUUAACCAUUAAAUACAACUUUUCUGUAGAAUAUAUCAUAAAAUUUGUAUAUUAUAUAGACGUUAUUAAGUAUAUAAAGAUGUAAUGGUACUCA